CCACACAGUUAACAUCUAUCUGAAAAUGCAUCUCCAAUACUUUUUCGGUUUCUACUUUAUCUUUAGUAUUUUACUAUACCAAGUUCAAGCUCAGCAAAAUGCAACAAGUAAUCUAACUAUAAUCCAAGCGAAUGUCACUAAAAAACGCAUAAUGGUACGGAAACUGCAUACGGAUGAUAAACUGGGUACAGGAAUGAUGCACGUUGUGAUACAUAAGAUUCAACCUGGACAUCCCUACUAUAAAGUUUUCGAUGACAAUGAGACGGCAGCUCGAGGUUUCACGAAUAAAAUAUGGAGGCGUCUAUUAAACCGCUAUAGCACUAUGCUUAUAUAAUUUAUUAAUACUAAUUACAUUUAGGGAAUAAGUGUACUUAAGUUAUUAUAAUAAAGCUAGAACUAAA